CCGAGCGGGCGGGGCGGCGGAGGCGGCGGCGAUGGAGCGGCUGGAGCGGAGCGGCCGCUGGCUGCGGGCCGGGCUGGCCGGCGGGCGAGUGAGCCGCAGGCUGCCUUGGCUGCUGCUGGCCAUCGUCCUCCUCGGGUCCGCCCUCAAGGACGGCGACCUGGUGCCCGAGACGCCCAUGCGGAACAAGCGCAACCCGCUCAACGUAUAUUUUGUGAAGGUGGCUUGGGCAUGGACGUUCUGGCUUCUGCUGCCCUUCAUCACAGUCACUACCUAUCAGUUUGCCAAGAGCAAGUUCCUCUAUGGUACCACAAAGAGCCUUUUGAUGGUGCUGCGGCGUCUCAGUGCACUUGCGGUGGGCACUGCCAUCUGGUAUGUCUGCACCGGACUCUUCAUGUAUAUCGAGAAUCUCACUGGCGCAUGCUCUACCUCGGGUAAACUCAGCGAGCCUCGCCGGCUGUAUGCCACCAAGCAGGAGUGCCACCAGGACAACGGGAUCUGGAAUGGUUUUGAUAUCUCAGGGCACUGUUUCCUGCUCUCGUACUGUGCUCUGAUGAUUGUGGAGGAGGUGGCUGUGCUGGAAGGCUUGUCCAUAGACCAGAACUCUAAGCUGCGUGUUGUGAUCAACGGCCUGUUUGUUUCCUUGUGUUUUCUCACCAUGAUCUGGGUGUUCAUGUUUCUCUGCACUGCGGUCUAUUUCCACGACUUCAGUCAAAAGCUUCUCGGUGUGCUGAUAGGUCUGUCAGCUUGGUACGGGACAUACAGAUUUUGGUACUUGAAACCCUUUUCUCCUGGACUACCUCUUCCAAAUAUACCUUUGAGUUCAAAGAAAUACAGUUAUAGCAGAUAAGUUUUAAAAUUCAGUACUGGAGUAGUUGAAUGUAGGAAUGGUUACUGCAUUUCCACUGUAAAGAGGAGGUGAUGGGCUGGAGGAAACCAAAUCUGUAGUAGCUGAUGACUGGCAGGUGGUAAUGAGCUGCUUCCUUGGGAGGAAAAAAAAAAAAUUGGUAUUGGAAGAGAUCUGCUCUUGUUUAGGAGUUUCUAACUGGCGUUCUCAGCAAAGAAAUCAGAAGUUGGAUCUGUUUUAUUGAUAAAUGGAGGAGCAGAUCCAAGGCUGACAGAGGCCUUUGCUCUUUAAGAGCUUGACUGAUCUCAGAUUAAUUCUCUCUCUUUGAUUUAUUUAUGUCAAAAUAUCACUGAUGAUCCAAACCUCAUACUACUUUAUUAUUAUUUUUUUUUUUUAGUACUCCUGUUUGUAUUGCCUUAUGGGAAAGCUCAUAAGGGUGCCAAGUGUUGCAAAAAUAUCAGUACUCAUUAAAGCAGUAUAUAGCAGUAUAUGUUCUGCUGUGAAACUGGAACAUCUCAUGUUAUCAAGCGUUAAAUACAUUGACUUGCCACAUGCUUCUUAGCUGUCUACAUCUUCUGCAACAGAGAGUAAAUCUGAGAUUAAAUGUCUUAAGGAGACUUUAAGUGACUUUAAACUCAUGCCUGCCUUUAAAGAGGAAAUUCUUGAAAAACAGCCUUAACUUUCUCCUUGUGUGAAGUAUCUAUAAUAAUAUUUUGUCAUUUUAUUCUUGACACAAAAAAACCAAACUCCUUCCAAUUUUGCUAAAAAGUCAAAUAUGAGAAUUGUGGUUUUAAUUUUUUUUAAAUCUUAUGAGUUGCACACUUUGCAACGAGUACUUCGCAGUUUGUUUCUUCUAGAAGAACAAUGGUAUUCUGGUGUUAGGAACAAGUUAGCUUAACCUGCUGUUUCCCAAAUAGUCUGCUUGGUAAUGAAUGAAACACAUUGUUUAUCAUAAGAGCUGCAAAGCAGCGUGCUUGAAGCAAUAUUUAUUCUUGCUUAUCCAGUAAUAUCAAUAAGCUAAUUAAUUUUGACUGCACAUAAAGCUGUGGCCACUUUUGAUGUGGCUGGAAACCCACUACUGAAUAAAACACUGCUGUUGUAUAAUGAAUAGGUAUGAAAUGGGAUGGGUUUACUCAUCAUAUCAAUCAACCAUUUAGCAUAGUUUUUAUCUUGAAAAGCUUUUUAUUAUUUCGUAAAGGCGUAUUCAUGUCACAACUGCACAAAAUUUGUUUGACAGUUGUAGUGAUGAACGAGACAGCCAACAAGGUCUGUGGGCAAGGCUGGAGGUAGUGUCCGCUAAUCUGAGAGCAGGCUUGAUCUGGCUGUAGCGUUUGACUCCAAGGUGAUUAUUUUGCUGAAUAUAGGGUGUGAUGCACCACGCUCUAGUCUCGGCACACUUCUGUUUGUCAUCUCAACAGCUCUCUUCCAGCAAGAGAGCAGUAGUGUUUGCAAUAAAUACAGCAGUGUUAAUUCCACGCUUGUGGUCUGCCUCUGAGGAGAGCUGAAUUCACUUGAAUUUCCACUGAAUUCAGUGGCAGGUGGGAGUUGUGCGUCCUUAGAACGUACAAAUCUCGCAGAAAGAAGCCGUUUCAGGAGGUUACGUAUUUUCUGUCAAGCUCCUCCUUUUGUUUUUGCAUUGAAUUGCCUUUUAAGCUGACUCUUUGGAAAAUUUGCACUGAUUAACUCAUAUUGGGUUUAACUAAAUUUAUUUAAACAACGCAAAUUCAUUUGCAGACAUUCUUUUGAUGUAAUGUAAGCCUGCUCCAAAUAGAGUUAAGCUAGACCGCAAGCCACUUUCACCAUGACAAGGGAUUAUAUACCCAGAAGGUUUUCUGAUUCAUUUCAUUAGAUUUAAGUUUCUAUUUUAGGUUAUCUUUAUGUAACUUUGCUAUAUAGACAUGGCCUUGAAACAGGAAAUGCUGUUUAUUUAAGCCAACUGACUUGCUGAAAUUAUCUUCAGUUUCAGAAAUGUUUUGUGCAAUCACUAUAUGGAUAUAUCUGUCCACUUCUAACCAGUGUCAUACAAACUUUUUAUUAUGGAAAUAAUAUGGGAUAUGGUUAUUCUCAAAACUUUUAUUUAAACAAUGAAAGAAAUACACUUAAAAACUUUAUUGGUGUUUGUGUCUUUGAGAAUCUGUUUCUGAUGUCCGUAAAGAUACUGCCGCUGCUCUUCGUUUCCCGGAAUGAUCCAGCCUCACGGUGUUUUUGUGACUUCUAGAUGCAUGAUCAGAUUGACAUUGAUAAUUCCACAGUAUUUGAAUGAGUUAAUAUAGCACAGAUUCUCAAAAGUACAGUGUGUAAAAAGAAACCAAACAAAGACAAAACAAAAAAAAAAAAGCCAUGCCUGAUAAAAGCAAGUUUCCCAAUGUGUGCCUGUUACGCCAGGCAGCUGAUUACAUAAACAUGGACAGUUGCUUAUUGUAGCAAAAUGAAAGCCUAAUCCAUUGAAAUAUAUGGAGGAAUUCUCGUGGCUGUAAUACUGCUUAUGAGUUUGGAAAUCUUGGCGUGUGCGUCUUUCUCGGUACCCAGAGCCCAUGUGCCAGCUGUUGGCUUAGAAAGUUCCCCUGGGCUCUAGACCAUUUCUUUGUGCUUUUUGACUCAUAUUUUGGAGUAAGUCUUUGCUUCCUUGUACUGAAAAUGAAAGGUUGCAAAUUUUCUGUUCACAUAUUUGCCAUCACCUUUAUCUGACUUCCUUCCCUCUCCCAAAUACACUUUUAUCAGUAAAACAAAAAUGUGGCCCCUCUACGACAGAUUUGCAGCUAAAGAGAAAAAGCGCUGUGAGUAGUUGCAUUUGAUGUUCUCUGCCAAAGGCACGAAUCAGCUGUCAACAGCUAUUGUUAAUUUGUUUCAGUUUUUAUUAAAAAAAGUGUAACAUUUUAAAGAUAAAUUUUCACAUUUUGAAGUGAAUUCCAAAAGACAGCAGCUGUAAUCACAAGAAACACUUGGUCUUUUUCCUUUGUCCCUGGUCUUGUUCCUGUAGAGCUGUCUUUCUGUGUCUGUAGAAUUAGGGAGUUUUUGUCUCCAGCAAAUUACUGGCAUGUUACAUAUUUGAACAUACGUUUGCUAAUUUUUCACUGCCUAUGUUUGUCCAGCCUGUUUUGUAAGCUCCGUAUCACAGCACUUCGCAGAAGCAGCGUUUGGCCUGGCUGAGGUGGAUGAGACCGUUCUUGGUGCCUUAAACAUUUUCCUCUGCUGGAGCCAGCAAGGAAGGGAGUCUCAGCUAGAACAUGGUGGGAAGAUUAACCGGAGUAGGAUUCAUUUCACUCUUCACUUACCUGGGACGCUUUCAAAUGUUUGCGUCACUUGGAGGCAAGAUCAGGCAAACAGGAAAGUUUCGAUCUUUCGUAAGAGCCAUCUGAACAGUUUGAGCUUUAAACGUCUCUGAGACUGGGGUUGGAUUCUUCCUCAAAGUCUUUGUUCAAAGCAAGCCUGCUCUUUGAAUGCUUUGGUGGUGCUAAAUAGUAUUCUUGGUUUGCCAAUUUAUUUGUGUGUACUGAAACUCGGGUCAUGGAGCGGCUGCAAAAGUAAAAUCCUGCUUUCUUGACAAAGCGAGAAACACCCAGUUCUGCCCCGUGUUGCGCUUUAGUGGAAAAUGUAGGGGCUGCUGUGAUAUAUUAAAUGCUUCGAAAAAUCAGGCUUUAGUUGUGAACACAGUCUAUGGUCACUUUUCUUAGUGAAAUAGUAUCUGUUUUUUCCACCGUAGUUUAAAGCAGAUCCCUGCAGCUUCUCUGCAAUCAGCCUUUUCCAGCUCUUUUCCCUUUUGAUCAGCCUGCGUUUAUCUCUCUCCACUCAGAAACCUGUUUCCUGGGACUAUUUCUUUCAUAGCUUCACCUCGCUUCCUGGAGUGCAGAUUAAUAAUAAAUGCUCUUUACCUCUGCUAGAUGCAUGCUUUCUCUGUGUUUUGUCUACGCCUCUUUUAAGUGUUUUGCCAAAGCUUAAGAUGAAAAGUAAUUAAUACUCGCAAAAUAGGCUGUUGUGACUCUGAAGUCUUAAUUAACUGUUGUCAAAAGGGAGUUGGUCUGUCACUGAAAGUGGUGUUCACCUGGAAAAAAGCACAGGCUUAAUUCACUGAAGCAGAACUGUGCCUGAUGGGCUUGAACUCCUGGAAGGAAAGAGAAGGUAACGUGACGGUGCCACUUGGUGCGGCGGUAGAGUUAGCUUUGCCCUUUUCUCGGGAGCACACGCUGCACUUUGGUAAACAGUGGUUUCACCCAGGUGUUUAGUAGGAAAUUGCUAAUUCAUUUGACUAUGAGAAGGGUACCUUAGGGCUUAAACAAAAUAUAUAACGAGAAUGUAGAGGUUACAAGUUGGGAAAGCAGAAAUGGAAAUUACUCUCAGGAUUGAGGGCAGUCCCUGAAAUUUCAGGCAAUUAUGUAGUACUGUUUAGUCUGAAAGAUUAUUUAUUUUUAAACUACCCUCUGUCCAUCACAAAACGCAGGCAAUGCCGCGUGCCUUGUAACAAGCUGAGUAACGUCUCUGUAAAGCUUUGGCACUAUAACAUGGCACAGAAAAUAAGCAGUAGGUGAAGAGCUUCACCAGCCUUUCAGGAGAGCUGAGUAUCAAGGGAAAGAAGUAUUCAGAAAAAUGCCCUUUUUCAAUCGUGCUUUUCCUGACGAUGGUAGGAGAUCUGCACUUGUACUGUGGGUCUCCCUAGUGGGGUAAGACUGAAGAAAGGAAAGUGUGGCACCAAAGUAAAUACAAAUGAUGAUUAUUUUUUGUCUCGCAUCUCUGAAGCCUUUUUGCAUGUCCAGCCUGGGUUUGUUUUGCAGUUUUAGGUCACGUAUUCCCUCGGUCGCACAAUUUAAUGCAUUUAAUCUGUGGGAAGCGUUGUUGAUGGCAGAGCAAUAAAUAGGCAUGUCCUCAGUGUAAAUGUCAGCUCUCUUUGGAAAUCUCUUCCCUGAAUCCCGCGCAGCCUCUGUUCUGCGGAGCCUUCCCUCUCUCCUGGGGACGGGGAGAUGAGCAGUGCCAAGGGGUUACGCGCGGCGUGACUGCAUCAGUGACAGCCUGAACAUCAUGACUCAGGGCUGGAGAAAAUUCAGCUGAAUAUAGGUUGUGGCUCAAAAUAGUUGAUGUGAUGGAGAAAGCCAUGCAAAAUUAAUUGAAAAUAAAGAUGAUGCUAAGGCCUCGAAGCCUGUUGGCCUUAUAUCCAAAUACGUGAAUUUGGAAAUCCAAGCCCAGCAGGAUUGUGGGGAUUCGGAAUGGCACUCGGGGUCUGCCCUCUGUGUUUUGCAAAUGAUGGAAGUGAGCACAGAUUUAAUGUGUGCUUGAUAGAGUGUCGUUCUAGACCACAGCUCUUCCCAGCACU